AUGGAGUCCAGGAACAUGGCAAUAGGAAUUGUUCUCUUAGUUCAGAGUGUACUUGGAAUUCUGGGAAAUGUCUCCCUUCUUUUCUACUCUUUAAUACUUUACUACAAGGAAUGCACGUUACAGGUAGUAGACAUGAUUCUUACACAUGUGUUCACAUCUAACUCCUUGAUCAUUCUCUCCAAAGGACUUGCCCAGAUAAUGGGAGCCUUUGGCUGGAACCAUGUCUUCAAUGAUGUUGGAUGCAAACAUAUUUUAUAUGUUUAUAGACUUGGCAGAAGCAUGUCCAUCAGCACCACUUGUCUCUUGAGUGUCUUCCAAGCAGUCACUAUCAGCCCAAGAAACUCCUACUGGAAAGAAAUCAAAACGAAAACUACGAAGUUUAUGGGACUGUUACUUUCCCUUUGCUGGAUCAUGUUCCUGCUAGUAAAUAUGUUUUUCUCUGUGUAUACAUCUACCAACAGGAACAGCAAAAAUAAGACACAGAAGAGAGGUUUUGAAUUCUGCCUCUCUCUAGGUCAUGACAAAAUAGUACAUUCAGUGUACACAGCAUUUUGGGUGUUCCCUGAAGUCUUCUUUUCUGUACUCAUUGUAUGUUCCAGCACCUUUAUGAUUGUCACACUUUAUGGACAUAAGAAGAGGGUUCAAUGGAUCCUCAGCACACAUGCUUCCCAAAGAACAUCCCCUGAAAACAAAGCCACACGAAUGAUCCUGAUACUGGUUUGCACCUUUUUAGCUUUUAAUACUCUCUCUUCCAUUUUACAAGGUUAUAUUGCUCUUUCACAUAACUCCAGUUGGUUGGUAAUGAAUAUCACAUCCAUCAUUUCUAUGUGUUUUCCUACUUUAGGUCCAUUUGUGAUGAGUCAUCAUUCCACUUUUUCCAGAUUCUGCUUUACCUAG